GCUCUCCAUCUAUCCGCGCAUCCUGCUCCAGAGUACCACCAGGAUGGUCCGCUGCUGCACCGACAACCUUCACUUCACGUUCACACUCAUUUAACCCUUCACUCGGACCCUCGACGGCCGUCUCGAUACCCCCAUGCUUUGCCCUUCUCUUGAGAUGCGAUACCAUUGUAAAAUUUCCCGGAGAAUAUCUUUAUCUAGCGUCGCUCCUCGCUGAUAGAGAGCAUGCCCGACCCGGGGACGUCAGCGACAGGCGCUGCUGCCGCGGCGGUGGCCGGUGGCGCGGCCGCUGCCGGCGAAGGCACCGAGAGCUCCCGGCACCGACACCGAGCGCAGCAGGGAGACGCGGAGAGGCCGGAGCCGGGCGCUGCCCCUUCACAAACCUCCUCCGGGGUACUGGAUAAGUUGUUUGGAAAGCGGCUGCUGCAGGCUGGAAGACACAUCAUGUCUCAUAAGUCUUGGAUGAAAACGGUGCCCACGGAGAACUGUGAUGUCCUCAUGACAUUUGCAGACACUACAGAUGACCACACGUUGCUAUGGCUACUGAACCACAUCCGGCUGGGAAUCCCAGAGCUCAUCAUCCAAAUACGUCAUCACAAGCACACACGAGUCUACGCAUUCUUUGUCACUGCUACAUAUGAAAAUUUGUUGCGAGGUGCUGAGGAGAUAGGACUGAGGAAAGCGGUUAAGCCCGAAUUUGGCGGAGGAACACGAAACUACUCCUGUGAUGAGGACUACAUCUACGAGAACAUCGACAGCGAACUGUGUUUCUUUACUUCACAGGAGAGGCAGAGCAUCAUUAAAUACUGGCUAGACAAUUUACGUGCCAAACAUGGGGAGGUGCUUCAUAAUAUCAACUUCCUGGAGGGCCAGCCAAUUAUCCCGGAGCUGAGUGCGCGAGGUGUGAUCCAACAGGUAUUUCCUCUCCACGAGCAGAGGAUCCUCGGUCAGCUGAUGAAGUCCUGGGUACAGGCUGUUUGUGAGAAACAGCCUUUAGACGAUAUCUGUGACUACUUUGGGGUGAAGAUUGCCAUGUAUUUUGCCUGGCUGGGAUUUUACACAACUUCCAUGUUAUAUCCUGCUGUGAUUGGCUUCGUACUGUGGAUGCUUACUGAGUCGGAUCAGACGAGUCGUGACAUCUGCUGUGUGGUGUUUGCACUUUUCAACGUGGUGUGGGCCACUCUUUUUUUGGAGCGGUGGAAGAGGAGGGGGGCUGAGCUAGCAUUCAAGUGGGGAACACUGGAUACGCCAGCUGAAUCCCUGGAGGAACCACGGCCUCAGUUCCGGGGAGUGAAGCGCUGCAGUCCCGUAACAGGAUGUGAGGAGAUCUACUAUCCUCCGUGGCGGAGGCGUGCAUUCAGAUGGCUGGUCAGCCUGCCCAUCUGUAUUCUCUGUCUUUGCUUUGUCUUCCUGGUCAUGCUCAUCUGCUUUGAGCUGCAGGAGUUUGUGAUGGGGAUCAAGGAAAUGCCUCGGCUAGCUCGCUUCAUUCCCAAAAUCAUGCUGGCUAUCACUGUGACCGCAUGUGAUGAGGUGUACAGGAAAAUCGCUUGCUGGCUCAAUGACAUGGAAAACUAUAGACUCCAGAGUGCCUAUGAGAAAAAUCUCAUCAUCAAAAUGGUUCUUUUUCAGUUUGUAAAUUCUUAUCUCAGCCUUUUUUACAUUGGAUUCUACCUCAAAGACAUGGAGCGCCUGAAAGAGAUGCUGCUGGUGUUGUCCUUGUUAAGGAGUCUGCAGCGGCAGGUCCGGGUCAAUCUGCUUCCUUGCCUAUUCUUCAAGAUCCAGAUGCUUGUGGUCUCUGUUCCCUGGUUCUUCAGGGCUUUACUCAAGUCCAAAAUGCUGGCCACUCUGCUCAUCAUACGCCAGUUCCUUCAAAAUGUGAAGGAGGUGCUGCAGCCUUAUCUAUAUGAGCGCCACAAGCUGGGCGAGCUCACACUGCGAGCUGUGUGGGACCUGCUGCUUUCAGUGCUGCUGAAAUACGCACGACUAGCAGCUGGAAAAGCCCAGGUCUCUCCCACCGACCAGGCCAUGCCAGGACCUGGACUGAGGGGCACCAGGCCCGGGUUGGGGCAGCCAGAUAGAAGGGAAAAGAAGUGUUUGAACGGGGGAUGCGGGGUGCCUGAUGAGGAGGAUGGAGGUGAGAGGGACGAGGCUGACAGCGGGAGGUUCAGUGAAGGAGAGACGGAGGAGGAAAGUCUGAUCGACUGUGGUUUGAAGCUGAGGAAAGUCAGCUUCAUAGAGAAGGUGGACAGAAGGCCAGUCUGCAGUGGGCCCCCCAUGGACACCAGUUUCCUGGAGGAGGGGAGCCCCACGAUGGUAGAAAAAGGAAUGGACCCUGCCUCUGUAUUUGAAAUGUGUGACGACGACGAUGAUAAUGGCAUCCAUGAUGUGAAGGAGCCAGGUGGGGGAGCAACAGGCAUGACUGAGGGAAUUAAUGCUGGGGCUUCUGCCGGCGCUGCCCCGCUGCCUUCUGGGUCCGAGAGCAUUACAUCAGUACAACACAGAAGAAGAGGCAGGAGCAUAGAGAGACCUGAGCCUAAGACAAAAAGGGAAUCAUGGAUAGACCCCCCUGAAGAGAGAAGAGAGAGCAACAUACUCACUCAGGCUGAGAUGGAGAGCUGCAUGCAGACUUAUUCUGACACCUUCCAGGACUACCAAGAGAUGUUUGUCCAGUUUGGCUAUGUGGUGCUCUUCUCCUCAGCCUUCCCUCUGGCUGCCAUGUGCGCGCUCAUCAACAACAUCAUUGAGAUCCGCAGCGAUGCCUUUAAGCUCUGCACCGGUCUGCAGAGGCCCUUUGGAAUUAGAGUGGAGAGCAUCGGCCAGUGGCAGACUGCAAUGGAAGCCAUGGGUCUGAUUGCCAUCAUAGUGAAUUGUUACCUGAUUGGUCAAUGUGGUCAGCUACAGCGUCUCUUCCCAUGGCUCAGCCCUGAGAUGGCCAUCAUCUCCAUCGUCAUCCUUGAGCAUUUUGCCAUCCUCCUGAAGUACGUCAUCCAUGUGGCUAUCCCUGACAUUCCUACAUGGGUCCGAGAGGAGAUGGCUAAACUGGAUUAUCAGCGCAGGGAGGCUUUUAAGAAGCACGAGCGGCAGGCGCAGCAGCAUUACCAGCAGCUGCAGAGGAGGAAGAGGGAGGAGGAGGAGAGGCAGAGGCAGGCAGAGCAUAUGGCCCGCAGGGAAAGGGAGCGGGACGAAAGCAAGGGCGACUCCUCUGGGGAUCAUCACCACGACAAAAGUCACAGCAGCAAAUCGCGGCCUGGGGCCGGAGGAGGAGGGGGCAGCGGGUCAGACAAACCCAAGAGGCCCAGCUCUCUGUUGGCCAACAAUAACGUGAUGAAGCUGAAGCAGAUCAUCCCGCUGCAGAGCAAGUUCUCCUCGAGUGGCGCUCGCUCCCCUCAGUCCCCCACCGGAAAUGAGCCGAAGCUGCCCGGGUUCCUGAGCUUUAAAUUCCUCAAGUCACCUGAGAAUAAGAAAGAAGGUGCUGCAGCUUCUGCGGCCACCACCACAGCUGCUAACACCACAGCUACAGCAUCAUCAUCAUCUUCAUCAUCAGGUAGCAGCUCUCAGGAGCGUUCUCAGUCACCCAGCAAAGCCUUCAACCCUGGGAAACUGUUUAACUUUGGGAAGUCUGAGGGGGGAGCGUAUGUGAACGGGGCCGCGCUGCACAGACCUGGGGAAGGAUCAUCAUCACAGACGGCAGACAGACAACCAUCCAGGUCUGACUUGAAUGGUGUUCCAGACGAGAUCCCCUCGUCUGGAGGGGAAGGUUCAGAGAACGGACAUGCAACAGACUUGGACCCGGCUGGCUCUAAAGUCUAGUAGCUUCAUAAACACACAAACUUGUCAUUUGUUACAUCUCAACUGAAUAAGUGAUGUGAUUACUGUGAGGAGAGGCCUGGCCUUCCUUCUGUUCUUCCUAUGUGUAGAAGUACUUGAAGCAGAAAGAGGAGAUGAGAUGGAUGAGAGGUGACUAUUGUUUUGAAUUGCUCUAUGGCUGAGAGGCAAAAAAACAGGCUUUACAAGAAAGAUGUAAGCCCUCUUGUCAUGAGCAAAUAAACACACACACACACACACACACACACAUACACACACACACACACAAACACACAAACACACAAACAAAUACUUCCUUGUCUGCAAUACACAAAGAAAUGCAUGAGCUGCGUUUCUAAUAUUUUGAAGCCUUUAAAGUGGAGAGCUGUGCAUCUGGAUUUCUUCUGGUCAUAAAUUGUAAGCAUCUCAAUGCUUACAACUAGGACAUAACAAUAACAACACCGUCUGUUGUGGAGACAAAAGGAUUAAAAAAAUGUACACAGUGGUAUGAAAUGAUCACAAAUUGUACAUCAAAUAACUUCUGGGAUUGUUUUUAGCCAUCACAACUCAAGUGAUUAUUAGAUAUUGUCUCAUUUUUAACUUUGAGGAAUUCUUGGGCCCUUCACUUUUAUAUUGAAGUGGAAAAAAAUGGAAUAGCAAUAUCAGUCAGUGUUUUUAUUCUUUCAAUCAUCACAAACCCUCCCGUAAUAAGCAUCCCUGAUGUAUCCCCAGCUUUAUUUUCAAAGCUGAGGUGAUGUCUGAGCUUUGAACACUUCUUCCCAUCCUGUGACGGUGUCAGAUUAGUCCGAAAAGGAAGGAAAGAGUUUAGUAAAUCGAGCUGUAACGUACCAGUAUUUUUCGCAAAAGAACAAGUGGAAGAGAGACAAAAAAAAAGCAGAAAUAGACAAAGGUGAUUUUGAGAAAACGGAGCAUGGAAUGUGCGUGCUGUUCUCCAUCCAAGCCCGUAGAGCGCCUGAUAAACACAGAUGGGGCUCCAUUCCACACACUCUAACCAGACUUGGCAAACUUGCGUAGAGUUGAAGAAGUAACAUUUGCACUAAACCCUUAGGCCCUGCAUAGAACCCUAUCUCGCUCUGCAGGAGAGAGAAUCAACACCAGCCUGCCUCAUAACAUUAUGCAAAAGCUGGAUUGUUUUGAUUUACACCUUUCACACAGUACAUACUAUCUACUCACCUGCCUCUACUCUCAGCAACUAUGGGGCAACUAAUAGUUUCUCUCAUUUAUGUUGAGCUCCAUAUCUUUUUAUACACACCAAUUUCAGCAGUUUUUAUUGCAGUGCAAAUGGGAAUUUACUUUUUUAACCAAAGCGGUAUUUUUCAGAUAAUACUGUUAAUCCAAGAUGUAUGUGUACUGUAUGUUCUAGGGUGUUGUAUACAUUAUGCUAAUCCAUUAGGUAAGCACACCAUCUACCAGAAACAGGUAUUUCACUUCUGUAGGGUCUCCAGAAGGUGGCGCCAGAGUUUAUUUGCACAGCAAAAUAUGUUGUUGACCCAUAACACCAGUCUUCAGUGUACAGCGGGGACAAAAAAAUUAGAGUGUCAGGCUGCAGACUCUUCAAAAAUAAAUGAUUAAUGGUGACAUUAGAUAAGGUACACACAGGAACACAAAGUUUCAGAGGCCAUCACACUGUAGGUUGAGAGAGAGAAACAUUAACUAUGCAUUUUCACACCACCACCUCUGGCGUGCAUUUUGGCAAUAACACUGAGUUGUAGGAGAUGUAUUACUAUAAGUCUAAACUAACUCCCCCCCUACAACACACAUCCUACUGCAUUGUUUUUAUUAUUAUUAGCUGGACUCUAUGCAUCUUUUCUUUGUGUCCCUUCAAUUUCCAGUGUCAGCUCUCUCCUGUCUCAUAUUUAACAUGAGGAAUCGGGCUUUACUUGCUAUUAAAAUAAUAACAAUAAUCUCAUCCAUCUACAGCUUUGUGUUCACAGAAUCUGUCUAGUCUAGGAGUAAUGAUGACAUUGAGCUUCAAACUGUUUUUUUUUAAAUAUUGUGUUGCUGCUUUAAUGUGUCUGUAACAACUUCAUAAUAAGUAUGAUCCACCUUUCAAUCUCAUGCCUAAGGAAAACAAAAAUGUACUUCACAGACAGGCAAAAAGAUCCUACUGACAUUAAAUGCUGCAGAUCAAUAUGUGUGGUCACAGUCUCAUUUUACUGUGAAUCUACAGUUAUUUUGUAUAUUUGGGAGUUAUUGGUCAUUAUAAAUGUAACAUGAGAAGUGUAACGCAGAGAGAAAUUUAAUAUCUUUCAUGUAUUUGUGCAUCACAUGCUGGUCAUUGUUAAAGGGGCAUUUGAUAGAUAACAGGAUGGUAGGCAUAGCUGAGCAUAGUCUCACAAAAAUCUUUAUUCUUGCAGAAUUUUUUCAUUCAGCAUUUCAGGAAUGAGUGACACCAUGAUUCAAUAGAGUCCAUAUAUUAUCAUUUGUGUUUGUGUAGAAAAUGAGAAGCCAGUUUCAAGAGCAGAGGUGACUAAAUUGAGAAGGGGAACAGUUAAGUCAUGGAAGACAGAUUAAUUUGACAGAAAUUGAUAGCAUUUAACAACCUAUCACUUUUUUCAUCAUUGCACUCUUAGGAGCAGCAAUAACGUCUGCAUAUUGCUAAUGUGGAGGCAUUUAAAGCAUUGGUAGAAGUAAAUGAAUAGACCUUGGGCAUCAUUGACAGCUUCAUCAAGAGGCAUCGGCCAUGCCAGUGACAGCACCGGGCCAAGCACAGGCGUCCCUCACGUCAGGACAGCAGCUCAGACAACCGAGACUCAACUGUCAGUAAUUCACCAUUAAAGCAGCGGCAGUUCUUUACAGGAUUUGGGCUUAUCUAGGCAGUCUGAUGUGAAAUUAGUUGGCAGGGACUGAAUUUAGUAAAUGUACUGUCUUCUUCUGGAGAACGUGUGAACAGGUGAGGGUUUCACCACAGCUACAUUAAAUACCUGACCCUAACCUCAAUAAUUUAAGUUAAGACCUACAUGGAAGUCUCACUUGCUGAACAUCAUAUGCUCUUCCAACGUACCACUGUACAAA